GCCUCAUCGUUUCUCCUGCAGUGGCCAUAUUUGUUGAUGUGUCAUAUCAAAGUGACUUGUUGGGGCUAUCAGCUGGUAAGGUAGAAAUCCCAAAGUUAACUAUUACCCCGGUUCUCUCCGCAUUGGACUACACCAUGGAGCUUUCGCAUUCGAUUUGAACCAGAGAGCGGCCGUGGAACAGCCUGCUCCUGCGUCAGACACACACACACCCACGCAAUGGAAGGAUCAGAGGUUGAGUCAGCAUCGCAGGGUUUGCCACCGGUGAACGAGCCUCACAGCAGCACACCUGACGUAAAAGAGGAGGAACAAAUCUUUCACAGCAUUGCAGAUGUGUCAGAAAAGUGCAGCCAGGCAGAAGAUGAAGCAGCGCUCGACGGUGAAUUGAGCGAUACAGCGACGGAUGUGCCGGCAGACAUGAAGACAAAGUCGGAAGCUCAAACUUGCAGUCAGGAACAUGAAGAUGGGUCUGAGCUGGAUGCCGAUGACGACUGUGACAGACACGCCGUUCCCACGGAUUGCGGGAUGCCUUCACACGAGGCUGGAGGAGCUUUGGUAGCCCCCGUCACCAUUUUGGAGGAUGUGGUAGAAAGCUCUCCUUCUAUUCCUGAAGGAUCAAUAGUAGCCAAGUUGAGCUUUGAAGAAGAGAAGGAUCCUCAUGUCACCAUUCCCAACGAGCAGCCAUCAGUCUUGAUCAGAAAUUGUUCUCCAGAGCCAUCGCCCGCUGAUGAUAGUGGUUCAGCUGAGAGUCUGUCAUCCUCUUCUGUCCAAAGCGCUUCCCAAAACUCCUCUACCGACCCGAUCACCACCUCGGGGUUCUGUAAUGGCCCUUCUAGCCCCAGUUCAGACACGGUCAGCUCUUCCCUCGCAUCCAGCCCACAAAGCAGUGCCAACACCUCAGCCCCCUCACAAUCAUUGUCAAGUCCGUACGACACUGAUUGCAGCCGGAAGCUUAUCUCCCAAAUCCAGCGCUCGCUGUCACAGGAGUCGCUGCUGGAUGAGCUGGAGUCCGAGCUUCUGGCUUGUCAGCUGCCCCAGGGGGAGCGUGGAAGUGAGGGGAAACGGAGCACACACGUCAACGGACUCUCCACAGACCAAGAGGACUGCACGUUGGUCUUUGAGAAGUGUGUGCAGCACAAGUAUGCACAGCAGGAGAAGUCCAUUCAUAGGCUGCUUGAGGAGAACAAGAGGCACCAGGAGCUGAUCCUGGGUAUCUGUUCAGAGAAAGACAACAUGAGAGAAGAGCUGAAAAAGAGGGCAGAGACCGAAAAGCAACACAUGGCCAUCAUUAAAAAGCUGGAGGACAGGGUGGAGGAGCUGCUGAAAGAACUUAAGGAGUCGCGGGAUAAACUGAUUCACCAGGACCAGGCAGCAAAGGCUGCACUCCAGCAGAUGCAGAAGGACCUGUCCUACAGGCUUGAGCAGGCGGGAAAGAAGUGUGACGAGGCACGCCAAGAGAAGGAGGGCAUGGUGAUGAAAUAUGUGCGGGGGGAGAAGGAAGCCCUCGACCUGAGGCGAGACAAGGAGGGUCUGGAGAAGAGGCUCAGGGAAGCCACCAAGGAGGUCGACCGCCAGGCGCUCCGAGGAAACCAGCUGGCUCAGGAUAAAGGUCGUCUGCAGCAGCUGUAUGAUGCUAAGGAAGGCGAGGUGGGCAGAUUGACCCGAGAGGUGGAAAAAUUGAAGGAGGAGCUCAACUCGUAUCUCAUCAAAGUCAAAUGGGCCCAGAAUAAACUGAAGAGUGAGGCCGAUGCACACAAGGAAUCUAAAGACAAACUGAGAGAGACCGCUUCCAAGUUGGCGCAGGCCAAAGAAGAGACCGAACAGAUCCGCAAGAACUGCCAAGACAUGAUCCGGACAUACCAGGAAUCUGAGGAACUCAAGUCCAACGAGCUGGACGCUAAACUGAGGGAGACGAAAGUAGAGCUGGAGAGACACAAGCAGGAACAAACAGACCAAUUAGAGGUGCACAGAGUGAAGGCCAAAGAGCUGGAUGACUUAAAAAGGAGUUACAAAGAAGGCAUGGAUGAGCUCAUUACUCUUCGAACCAAGUUAAAGUGUCUAGAAGACGAGCGUCCGCGCUGGGAGGACGAGCUGAACAAGUACAGGGAGAUCAUCAACCGGCAGAAAGCCGAGAUCGGGCGGCAGAGAGAGAAGCUGGAAGAGAUCACGGCGCUCCAGGAGCAGCAUGAGCGUGAUAAACAGGAGGUCGGGUCGCUUCGCGAUGAAGUGGACGGCCUAUCCAACCAGCUGGCGGACCUCCAGCGUGAUGUACAAGGCAGCAGAGAGCGUGAGGCGGAGUUACUGGGCUUCACUGAGAAGCUGAGCAGCAAGAACGCCCAGCUCCAGUCAGAGAGCAACUCCCUGCAGUCCCAAUUGGAUCAGCUCAACGGCAGCUUCGCCGAGCUGCAAGCGAAGCUGGAGGAGACCAACAGGCUACUGGAUGACAAGUCACGGCUGCUGAAACAGGAAGAGGUGCUGAGGCAGCAGGAGGUGCAGGGCCUGCAGGAGGAGCGGGCAGCAUUGCAGACCGAAGCGGCUCAGCUGAAAACCAGAGUUGAAGAGCUCCGCGAUGAGCUGUCGACUCAGAAAAGGAAACAAGCUGCCAACAUCAAAGACCUCACUAAACAACUAAUACAAGCCCGUAAGAGGAUGGAGCAGGUAGAGAAUGGAAGCUGCGACCGGGAUGCCAGCAGUAUGGGCAGUCGCUCAAGUUCCUCAGGUACUGCUCCUGGAUUUGGAUCCUUGAGUGCACGCCAUGGCGGGGGCACCGGCGUUGAAGACCGCUUGCCGGAGAGCCAGUCCGGUCCCUCGGUGGUGGUCGUGGACAGCUUCCCUGAGGUGGACAAGACCGUGCUUGUGGACCGCAUCGUCCGCCUGCAGAAAGCUCUCGCUCGCAAGCAGGAAAAAAUCGAGUUCAUGGAGGAUCACAUCAAGCAGCUGGUGGAGGAGAUCCGCAAAAAGACCAAAAUUAUCCAGAGCUACGUGCUGAGAGAGGAGUCGGGGGCCCUCUCGUCCGAGGCGUCGGACAUUAACAAAGCCCAUGUGAGCCGGCGGGGGGGCAUCAUGGCUUCGCUCUACACCUCCCACCCGGCGGACAGCGGGCUGACCCUGGACCUGUCGCUGGAGAUCAACCGGAAGCUGCAGGCUGUGCUGGAGGACACGCUACUGAAGAACAUUACUCUCAAGGAGAAUCUGCAGACUCUGGGGUCCGAGAUCGAGAGGCUCAUAAAACAGCAGAGAGUUCCUGAGGACGGAGUGAGUAGGAAGUGACAAAUUCACCAAGGAGGACAUAAGGGACCAGUAACUACUCAAGCGACCUCGAGCCCACCCUCUCUGAAGGGACGGGAACAUCUAAGACGUUCUUCCAAGACACCCAGGGGCAAAUGCGAUGUAAGUGCCAGUAGCGCCUCGGGCUGCUCUUUGGAGGACCUCCUUUUGAAUUCUGUCCAUUUUGUGGGACAUGUCUGAGCUUACUUGACCUGUUGUCAUUCCGUCCACAUUGUGCCACCUCCGCCAUCACAACAGAUCUUCCUCUGCCUCGCGUCCGUCUCCCCCGGAGACCUCGCCAAGAUAAAACUCUUCAGUCUGUCUUGUCAACUCCUUGAUGCCAUAAUCAUGAAUGUAUAAAGAAGAAGAAGAAGAAGAAAACAAUGAUUUUGACCAUUACUACAUGCUAGAAAGAAGACAUUUGUCCCCUCACAGCUGUGUACACAGCCCUGGCCUGGUGGGGGGGGGGCGUCUCGUGUGCCACGUGGGCAUUGCUCAUCAACUUUUGCGCCGCGCAGCACUUGGAGCCCUGAGCUGGUGAAGCAGGGCGACAUCAGCAUCAGCAUCAGCACCCGUCUGUGGGACUGAAGGAAGCACUCCGCCUGCUUUGCAACGUUUAAUGCAGCCGACAGCACUAUUCCAUCAGCGUGGAAGUAUUCUAGCGUUGAGCUAUGUAAGAAAAAUGUAUGACGAGUAUAAUAUAAUGUUACGGUUGAAAUGUAGAGCUGGUCUUGAGUUUGGCCAUUUUGAAUGUGAGUUUUCUUUCUUUGGCUUAAAUCUGUCUGAUUAUACAUUUUUAUUUUUUUAUCAUGCGUAUUCCUGUUGGGUUGUCCUCUUUGGCUUUUAAUUUAAAAUAAUGAACACCAUUUUUGCAUCUCCUCCUCUUAAUUUGUAUGAUUAUUACUGUUAACAACUGUCAAUCAGACAUGAGCAUUUAAAGCUGUGUUUGUAGCAUUCAGGACACGGAGACAAAACCCGCCUGUAGGAACAUCCUUUGCACCGUGUGCACAGGAUGAUCUGGUGAGGGAGGGGGGAGGGGGGGGGGGGUGGACAAAUGUUCACAUUCUGCGCUUUUUCUCACUUAGUCCGUUGAAGUACAUCAAGUGUAGGAGAAUCACACGGACAGGAGAUCUGUAGCUGUUUGCUCAGGAAACCCAAUGGAACCUACGGAAAUAUUUUCUGGGACAAAGUGCAAUGCUGUUCCUUUCAUUGAUUAUUUUUUUUUUCUUGUCUUUGUUUUGUUCUGAAUGGAUUUCUGCGACAGUACUGUUUUAUGUAUGUUUUUAUGCUUGUAUUCAUGCAAGUGUGUGUGUGUGUGUGAUAUCCUUUUUUUUCUUCUAACCUCUCAAGCUAUUUUGUUCACACCUCGUGUGCAUUCUUCAGCUGUCGGAGCUUCUUGGAUUCCACCUGAUCGACCAUGAAGUGUGUUUCAUCCACAGCAGCGCCGGUACACUCGAUUUGCAUUUAGAGGCUUGUCAGACACACACACAGCUACACAAAGUCUCUCAUUUUAGAGGUUGAGUCUACACACACACACACACACACCGUAUGAAGCUUAUGAAGCAGGCGAAUAGCUUGAUUGAACCAUAUCAAAGUUUCAAUGGUCCGUAUUUGAUCCGAUGCAGAAGCUGUCAGAGCGUAAGCCUCAGUCUCUCGGUUCCUUUGAAUCAGAAAUCCUCUUUUAUGGGUUGCGGCUGGUUGCAGGUGGAUCGCCCGCCCUGCUCAGCGCGAGGCUACGUUCAAAUGGCCCCCUAUGUGAACAGAGAUGAAAGUUUCCAGGGUUGAAGUCGGAGUCCUUAAUACCUUGCUCUGCGUUUUUUUAAAUCCAAACUGAAUUUCUCUCUGCGAGGUAGACGUCAGGACGGCACGCCUCACAGAUUACACCUUGAUAUCAAAGCUUGGUCACCUUUUUAACCCCCCACCCCCCCCAGAAGGUUCAGACGGGUUGCAGUUUGAUGAUUUUUCAUUCACGCUUUUCUGUUUGUAUCAAGGCUGUUCUUUCGAAACCAAGUCAAUCUGUACGUUUUCAUGAUUGUUAAACAAAAAAUAAUCUGCUGCCAAAUUGGUGGAAAUCAUGAUGCUUUUUGUUGUUGCUUUUACUGUCAGAUUCUGGGAAAAGAGGUAAAGUACAAUCUAUGCAAAACAUUGCAUAGGAUGUGCUUAUUAAUUCCAAUUCUCAGAGGCCGGCCUGGCCGCUACCUGUGCGUUGGUCACUGCGUCCCUUCUGUAAGGACCAUGCUGAUCCAACGUUUCACACAUUUCCACAGCCUCGAAACGUAGCAACGCCGCUUGUGUCCGAACAGGUGUGCGUGUGGUGUGUCAAAAUGUGAGAUUUAAGCUGGAAGUCUGUCAUUCUUCCUCCUGCUGUGCAAUGAUUCUCUGGCCCUCUUUUGGUGGAAUAUUCAAACUGUGAUUAUAAUAUACAUUUGUAAAUAUGUCAUUCUGUAAAAUGAUUAUGAGAAGUUUUAAAAAAUAAUGCUGAUUCCAGAUUACAUUUGUGUGUGUGUGUGUAUAUAUUGUGUUUCCAGGGAAUAAAAAGAGGUGAGUCUUGACUUUCUCUUAAAUGUG